CUCGACUUUACGGGAUGCACCUGAAAGCAACACGGCAGCGGAUGUAGCAGCAGCAGCAGUCUACAGAACAUCGGCAACCAUGUAGCGCUGAGAGCAUAAAUAGCUUCUUAUGACUAACUAAAGUACCAUGUCCUCGUAUUCAUUCAUGUCGGCAUAAAGUAACAGUGUGUCAAAAUGUGUUUGUGAAGAUAACAGGACUCCUGGACGGGAAUUACAAGGCGAGGGAGUCGACAGUGAAACCGAAGCCUGAUAUAUAGAGGCACUAUCUGCCCUCGCCUGGAGGUUUGGAAGGGGACGUUGGGCUACUCAUGAUUUAUUAGCCUACCUUGGCAUUUUAUCAGCUUUUUAAAUGACUCAACUUGUCCAGCUAAGCGUAUUUUAAACCGGAGAGAAGGGCAUGUAGCGCUAACGGAUACCGGGGCCAGUUUGUAGUUUGCACCAGGUCUGUCUGUCCGCGUUACCGCCCCGUUUUUUCUCUCUUGUAGUAGCGCUAACAGCACAGCCAGAGGGCUGAAGAUAAACUGUUGGGUGAGGACUAGUCGUCAAAGCCUGCUUACACCAUGGGGAAUACAACCUCCUGCUGCGUGUCCUCGAGCCCUAAACACCGGAGGAACAACCACUCCAGGCUGGAGACCUACCGGCCAGAGCCGGAGCUGAGCCGCGAGGACACGGGCUGCAACCUCCAGCACAUCAGCGACAGAGAAAAUAUAGAUGAUCUUCCCAUGGAGUAUAAUCCCUCAGAUCAUCCCCGGGCCAGUACCAUCUUCCUUAGCAAGUCACAAACUGAUGUUGCUGUGCCCAACAAGAGAGUUCGAGAAAAACGGAAGAGCCUUUAUAUCAACCAUUUCACACACAUUUCGGAGAACAAGGUAAACAUCAUUCCAGGCCCAGUGAGACGGAAGUACAGCUCAUGUUCCACCAUAUUCCUUGAUGACAGCACUGUCAGUCAGCCCAACCUCAAAUACACCAUCAAAUGUGUAGCCCUCGCAAUAUACUACCACAUAAAGAACAGAGACGUCGACGGAAGAAUGUUGUUAGACAUUUUUGAUGAGAAACUGCAUCCGCUUUCUAAGUCUGAGGUUCCUGCUGAUUAUGACAAGCACGACCCUGAGCAGAAGCAGAUCUAUCGCUUUGUCAGGACGCUGUUCAGCGCCGCACAGCUCACUGCCGAGUGUGCAAUUGUCACAUUGGUGUAUCUGGAGAGGCUCCUGACCUACGCUGAGAUCGACAUUUGUCCUGCCAACUGGAAACGUAUCGUGUUGGGAGCCAUCCUCCUGGCAUCCAAGGUGUGGGACGACCAGGCUGUCUGGAACGUUGACUACUGCCAAAUUCUCAAGGAUAUCACUGUGGAGGACAUGAAUGAGCUGGAGCGUCAGUUCCUGGAGCUGCUGCAGUUCAACAUCAACGUGCCAUCCAGCGUCUACGCCAAGUAUUAUUUUGACCUGCGCUCCCUGGCUGAGGCCAACAACCUCAGUUUCCCUCUGGAACCCCUCAGCAGGGACAAAGCCCAGAAACUAGAGGCCAUCUCAAGGUUGUGUGACGACAAAUACAAGGACUUGAGGAAACUGGCCAAGAAGCGGUCAGUGAGUGCAGACAACCUGAUGGUGGUGCGAUGGUGCCCAGCCAUUAUUUCCUAACACUGGCCGCUAGGCACGCAGCAGAGGAAUACAUAGACCUGUCUGACAAACUGUAUCUCUGCCUGGUGAGCAGGCAAACCAGGUGGGCAGCAGUCCUGUGGAUCAGUGGGUCUGUCUGGAAUACACACACAUACAUGCACACACACAUUCACACAAUCUGGCACUUUUAAGUGUGAUUGCACCCUCUCUGGUUGUUGUACAUAAGAGAAGUCCCACUGGCUGCCUGCACUGAACCAAACGGAGCUGAGCUGAACCAAACUGAAGUGUGUGAGUGAAAGUUUUGGAAUGAAGAAUUAGACUGCAGAAGAGAAGAAGAGGCCAAAUGGAAAUACAGAUGGCAAUAUAAGAGACUUUGUGAAGUUGGGAAAAGAAAAUAGGAACAAGUUAAAUGCGAUAUACAACUCAUGACAGCGGCAACAGCAUUCCACCGUCCCCUUUGAGGCUCAACUGGCUUGUACGGUGGAUUGACGGAGGCCAUGUACAUUCCUUUAAUUUUAAUCUUCUGGCUCAGUCUGUUUCUUAGCUGAAGCAUGACAUAAUUUUUGACAGCUUAAAGGCACAUCUAAAAUUUCUAAUUCUUAAUUCCUCAUUUAUUUUGUGUGUUUUGUUCUUUAUCUGUUUGUUUGCAUUCCCAUCCAGCAGAAACCUCAAGCAUAUACAAAGGAGAGACAUGUACGUUCCUCUGUUACCUUUCAUGAACAGUUAGUACAUUUGACUGGACUGCAUAUCACCAGCCCUCCUUGACAAAAUAUCCCAUUUACAUUCGUAGCCAUUUAACUGAAGUUCUCAUGCAGAGAGCUAACAGUGAGAAAGCAAUUCAGUGUUUAGCUCAAGGGCACUUUGACGGGACAUGGGAAUUCAACUUGUACAAAUCCAGUUACAGAACGGUUUGUCUUACAGCAAGGCCAUCAGGCCACCAUUUCGAUACGAGUACAGCUAUUCACUUAAAGCAAUAUUCAUGCAUCACUUUGUUGUUGCAAUUAAAUACAGUAAGGCAUGUGUACAUGAAGGCUGACUGGAGGAUGGGGUCCACUAUUCUGAGACAGAUGUGAGACAUACUGUAGAGCUUUUGUUGUACUUUAUUCACUGCCAUUGUCCUGACCUGUGGUGCCUGUAAUAAGCUAGUUUAACACUUCUCCCCUUUCUGCUGGAGGAAAAGAACAAAUAACUGAAGUAUUUUUUCUUUAACAUUUUGUAUGGUUCUUCCAGCUUAGAAACAAACAGCACAAAAGGAAUAUCAACAUUUAGAAGCCACUAAAAGCAUGAUUCUUCAGGGUUGUUUUUGUUGACGUUGUUUUGGAGAGGACCUAAAUGAAUGAAAAUGCAUUACGUGAUGAUUCAGACACUGCUUACAAAAGAUAGAUUGUAAAGAUUUUGCUAAAUUGUCUCUGUAUAGUGUAAAUACAGCGCCAGUGUGCAAAUCUGUAGACUGAAGUUGUACUGUAAAAAAAAAAACACACACAAAAAAAACAAACAAACAAAAAAAACAGAAUGAUGGUAGAAUAUUUAUAUUGGUCAGUUUUACUGAACGGGGGGGAGGGAAGGGGGGUUGCAGUAAAUAGAAGAAGUAUUAAGAUUUAAAUGGGAGACACCACUGAAGAUUUUUUUGUCUGUUUUUCUUGUUUUGAUGUUUUCGCACUGCAGAAAAUGCCAAGUUUUUGUGUCACAUACUGUAUGUGGUAUAUAGAUAAUACAGAACAAUUCAGGCUUUUGUUAUUUCUUGUCAUUUUUAAAAACAUUUUUUAGCCCUACUCUGUGGAAAUAUUGAUACAUCCAUUCAUUUUUUUUAAUAAAGUAACUUGUCCUAUGGAGUCCUGAAACUGACAAAAUGUAUUAAUAGGCUUUCAGAGAGGUCAGAAUGUUUACAGUUAACCACAUGGACACACAUGAACAUACCCCUCUUAUUAAAAUAAUAAAAAACUGGAAAUGUUGUGAGGAAAAUAGAUAAACGAUAAAUGUGUGUUACGAUGGAAAAAAAGGAAAAUUGAUGAGCUGAAGUAAAUGAAUAAAUAAAAGCUUGUGAAAGACAGAAGGUUAAAUAAAUACAUCAACAGAUUGGUGGUAAAGUCAGAAAAGAAAAGCUUUGAUUUAUGUUUUACUAACUGUCUGGAAGUUAAAAAAAAAAAAAAAGGAUGAAGGUUUAUUCGACAUCUUAAUUUGGCUAUUUAAUAUUGUCUGCUGAUGAGUUCAUUCUGACUUGUUUGAAACCCUUUUACAUCAUUUUGUCAGUUUUGAGGCCCACCAGUGUUUUUGCAUGUACUGGAAAAAGUGAAAAGGUCAUAAGCAUUGUUUUAAAUGAAUAAAUCAUGUCCUGAUUUGCUCUUUUCUUACAUUUCCCAGGCUGGAUCAGAGAUAGGAAAAUAUACAGGAAUGUAGUAGAAGGUAAACCUAAAAAAUCUCAGAGUUUAAUAGGUUUAAUUAAUUCUAGUUUUAUGAGGAUAUGGGUUGAUUAAAGUGUGAGGUAAUGUUUUUAACAUUUAAGGUUAUAAUAGUGUUUGCCUUAUGAUCAGUUUGACUCACAUUAUUCUCCACUACAUCACCAUAUGCUUAAAAAUACCAUGACAUAACCUGGAAAAGUCUUUUAAAAAAAUGAAAGAAAACAGCUUUUUAAUGCAUUUUUCUUCAUAGAACAAAGGUCAGAAAAGGGUCUAAUUCAGAUGUGACAUCAGUGCACCCUCCUUCAAACCUCUAGCUUAUUGUGAGCAUUUCAUCAGCAUCUUCCACGUCUGUGGUUUAAGUUCUGUUUUGUCAAACUACGAGAGAAUUAGUGCAGUCAGAUUUCCACCCCUGACCAGCAGGUGUGAGAAGGGACAGAACUGUACCAAAGUCUUGGAGAAAUGAAGGAUGAUCCUGUUCGGCAUGUUCCAGCUCUGAACCAGCCCUCUUGCACAUUAAGUAUAUGAAAAAGGGUUGGGACUUGGAAAGAGAGCUGUGGUUGUGCAUGGUGCUUUGAAUGAGUGGAAAAUAAAGUGCAAACUAUGUCUUUAGGAAAGUAAUGUUACUGGAGUUGCUGUUGUAAGUUCAAACUAUUAGAGGUAUUCAAAGAUUGUAUAUCCUAUUUAUUGUAUGUAUGUGUGCAUACAGCCCAGUCUGGUCUGUUCUAGACCCAGAAGUAAGCAUUGAUGCCAUGUGGUCAGCUAUAGUGAGUCCUGAGAUGGAAAAUUUACUCCAACAGCAAACACCUUGGGCCUGUGGUGUCCUGUCGGCUGGUUACUAGGUGUGUGUCAUAGCCUUGUGCACUGAACUCUACCUCUGCAUAGAGUUUUACUUUUCUUGAUUUUUCUUCCUCUCUUCAAUGACAGUUUUCGGAUUUUACAAAUUCAGCUUUGAUCAUGACGAUUUCCUGUGCUAACGUCAGUCAAACUGCUGUAGCUGUGACCUUUUUUUUUUUUAGUUUUUCAUUGAUAUUUUCAACCAGUUGUACUGUAUUCUGUUUGUAUUGUCAGUGUAUUAUUUCCUUUCUAGUGAGUCAGUCAUUUGUUCCUGUUCUCAGUUUGCCAAACUCAGAUCUCUCUCUCUGUUCUCUCUUUUUCUCUGUAUGUUUUCUACUAUGAUUUAAAAACUGCUUCCAAUUCCUCUCUUCUGAAGCAAUGUUUAGAAAACCUGUGCAAGAAUUAAACUUUAAAACCUUGCAAUAAA